CCUUCAUCGGCGUGAGGAAAGUCCUCGCUUUCAAUUGUUCCAUAUGGAUACAGCCACCACCAACAUUCUCUCCACCCUCUCCUCCGCCUCGCACUCCUUCCUCCAACCCCCGCCCGAACUUCAUCUUAAUGCCCUGUCUGCCGUCAAAGAUAUCCUUGACCCGUUGGCAGAAGAUAUCGCCAAUGCUCAAAAGCUGAGAAGGGACGAGAACCGGAAAAAGCGAAAGAGAGGUGACUCUCAGAAGGAAGAUGCCAUUCUUCAACUGCGCCAGGUCUAUACAAAAGGUCUCGUCGCCAAACAGGUCUGGGAACAAGCUCGUCGCAUAUUAGAUGCCGCGUGCUCUGAGGUCCAACGCGAUAUUGAUGCCACAAAUAAGAAACAUCUGGACAAUGCUGCCACACACGAUGAAGAAGAACAGCCAGAUUACGUCGAUGAUGCAGACUUGCUCGAAGAUGAAGACCUGGAAGAAGAAGAUGACAUGGAUGACGACAUGUCAAACAUUCAAGAUGAAUCUGAUGGUAUUUCCGACGAGGAUGCUGAAAUGGAAGAUCUCGAGGACAUCGAGGACAUCGAGGACAUCGAGCAUGAUGAUUCUGAUAUUCAGUCCGAUUCCAACGCCGAAUCCGAAGAACCCGUUCAACAAACCUACGUCCAAGACCCAAACAAGCUCAACGAUGGUUUCUUCUCUAUCGACGACUUUAAUCGCCAAACCCAAUUCCUCGAACAACAGGAUGCCCGUGGCGAGGAUGACGACCCUAGUGAUGAAGAUGAUAUUGACUGGGCAGUCGAUCCAUUGACCAUGCAAUACCACUAUCCAAAGGAACACCAGGAUCAGGAUCAAGACAAAGACCAACCUGCCAGCGAUGACGACGACGACGACGAUGAAGAAGGACCGACCUUUGGCGACGCUGAUCUCGAUGCAUCUGAUAGCGACCAAGACUCACAAGAAGAUGGCCUUGCCCAUGGCGUUCCCGCCGUUGAAAACACCAAUGACGUUCGAUACGCCGACUUCUUCGCUCCUCCACCCAAGAAACCCUCCAAGACAAAACGCAUGCGUGCUCUGCCCAAAACUCAACCUUCUGCCAAACCCACCACAUCUGCUCCACAGACAAACAAGGAUCUUGAGAACGACCUUCAACGAGCCAUCUCAGAUGUCCGUCGCGACCUCUUGGAAUCCGAGGAAGAACUCUCCGACGAUGAAGACGCAACCAAUUCCGACUCUGACGGCUCCUUGAAGAAAUCGUCCAAGAACCUCUCUACGCACGAGAAACAACGUGCCAAAAUCGCCGCUGAGAUCCGCCGUCUCGAGGCCGCAUCCAUCGCCAAACGAGACUGGACCCUGUCCGGCGAAGCCCGCGGAGCAGAUCGCCCUAUCAAUUCCUUACUCGAAGAAGACCUCGAAUUCGAGCGAGUAGGGAAACCCGUUCCCGUAAUUACCGCCGAAGUAACCGAAGAAAUCGAGGCCUUGAUCAAACGAAGGAUUCUCGCCCGAGAAUUCGACGAAGUCAUCCGUCGACGUCCAGACGAUCUCGGCACCGACUCCAACGCCACUCGUCGCGGCCGCAUCGAACUCGACGACACAAAACCCAGCACUGGACUCGGCGAAGUCUACGAACAACAACACCUCGCCGCCACCGACCCGAACUACACAUCCACCCUCUCAGCCGCGGCUCAAAAACAACACGCUGAAAUCUCUCGCCUCUGGAAAGAAGUCUCAUCUCAACUCGACCUCCUCAGCAACCUUCACUUCAAACCCAAACGAACCGAAGCUGAAAUCAAGACCGUCGAAGAUAAACCCACCAUCAGCAUGGAAGAUGCCCGACCCGUCGGUCUGGCCGAUAACGGCAACGUUGGCAUGUUAGCACCCCAAGAAGUGUACCGUCCAGGCGAAGACAAACGACCUAAAUCCAAAUCCAAGAACGACGGCGAAGCGGAUGAUUUCGUCGAGCUCGAAGGCGACGAAAAUAUCAUAAUCCGCUCCUCUGGUCUAUCCACGUCACGCGACGAAAUGACACGUGAAGAGAAACUUCGACGUCGGCGUCGCGACAAGGAACGCAUCAAGACAGCGAAUCAGAAUCAAGGUAUCAGUUCCAAGUCGAAUUUGAACUCGAACUCGAAUUCGAAUGCGAAUUCGAAAUCAAAGACGAAAUCCGGAGACCGAAACGAUAUCAUCACUCAAUUGGCAAAGGGAAAUGUCAAGAUUAUUGGUAAAGGAGGCGAAUUGCAGAAUAUUGAUGGAAAGGGGAAGAAGAAAAUGAAGAAGAGUGAUGUCGCGAUUGGUGCGGAUGGUGGUGGUGGUGCGGCUGUUGGGGGUGGGAAUUUGAAGUUGUAG